ACUUGCCUCGCCAACAGCUCCCUAACAGCAACCUAUUUCGCCGCAUCCCUAACCCCCGACAACAACACCUUAGCAUACGACCUCCAAGCCACAAACACCUACUCCGGCAGCAUCACAAUUUCCUAUAUCAUCGCCGUAAACUCCACAACAUACUACAAUCUCAUAGAAGAUCCUUGUUCUUCUGGAGAAGCGAGUUUCUGUCCGGCUUCUCCCGGCCAGAUUGCUUUGAAUUCGAAUCAGAAUGCCCCGGAUCGUGUGCUCAGCAGGAUUCCCGAGAGUGCGUAUACGACACCGGAUUUGGUGGCUUGGUUUAGG